AAUUCUGGAAGAAAGGAAGAGAAAAAAGAGAGAGAGACAGAAACCAGAAACAGGAGUGAGAGAUGGGAAGAAGCAGCUCUCGUUGUGAUAAGGAGGGAGCGAACAAAGGAGCCUGGACUGCUCAUGAAGAUCAGGUUCUGAGAGAUUAUGUCAAAGAGUACGGUGAAGGGAAAUGGGGGAAAAUGUCGAGGGAAACAGGUCUGAAGAGAUGUGGAAAGAGUUGCAGGCUUAGGUGGUUGAAUUAUCUGAGGCCUGAUAUCAAGAGAGGGAACAUUACAGAAGAUGAAGAAGAGCUCAUCAUCAGGCUUCACAAACUCUUAGGCAACAGAUGGUCAUUGAUAGCUGGAAGGCUUCCAGGGCGAACAGACAAUGAGAUAAAGAACUAUUGGAAUUCUACCAUAAGGAAGAAACAGGAAAACAGCUCAAGACGGUCUAGAAACGAGAGGAAAACCAUCAAGGACCCUUAUUUGACCAACAAUGAUAUCAGACCAACAAGCAGCACCAGAAAUGAAUUAGCAGAACAACCAUUUCUCUCUGGAGUUGAAAGGAAUAUUAAGGCAGAACCAGAUUCUGGUGAUGGAUUCUUGCAGACCACUGGUGGAAGUGGUAUGGCAUGGAACUUCAUAAUGGAUCUAAAUGCAGGGCCACUUAGCAUAUCUGAGUUUCUUCAUACCGACUUCUCUAAGCUUUGUGAAUUGAAUACCAUGGUCGCCGACUGCACGAAUGGUGCCGACAUCGGUCAUUUAGAGUUAUGAAAGUCGUUUCUAUUCAUGAAAAUUGUUGCUGAAGCUUCUUUGUACUUGCAGCAGUUGCUAAAUGAUUGGGGGGCAGGUAUAGACAGUUGUCUUCUAGAAGCAGCCUUGGGUCCUUGAUUCUUCUAUUCCUCUGCUAAUUAUAAAUCCUUCAACCAAAAGUUUUUUUUUUUUUUCUGUAUUUGCAACUGCCAUUGGUGUUUGGUCUCACAAAGAGUAAAAGUUGCUACGCUUUCACGGUUCUGUUUACAAAGCAAUCCAACUCCACCCCCUUCUCGGACUUAUUAAGCUUCCAUUUCUGAUUUCUGAGGUGUUUUCAAUUUUAACCAAAAUGCCGUGUUUACAGUACUACCAAUAUUGGUAAAAAGGGAUUUUGCUUAGGUUCCUGGU